GGCGAAGUGAGAGCUGACAGGCUGACUUCCGCAUAGGUGUAGGAGUUCUAUAGGUUCCGGCAGAUGCAGUGGCAGAGUGUGAAGUGUACCGGAAGAUUAUUGUGUCCGGCUGACAGCUGUCCUCUGUGUGCUGUGGUGGGACAGGGAUGGUGUGGACAUCAUGCUGUACUGCUGUCUCUGUGAUCUCCUCCUGCUGCUGGCUGCUCUGGCGGUUGUAGUGCUGCUGCUGGUUGCACUUGUAGCACAUGUAACUGCCACGAAAAUGCCAAAUCUGCACCGACAUGACGCAGAAAAGUUCUACAUCGGAAACAAAGGAGAAAAAGAACCUUUUCCCGGCAUCCAUGACCCUCCGGAGAAAGACUUGUCUGUGGUUGUUCCUGCAUAUAAUGAAGAAACUCGGUUACCUAUUAUGAUGGAUGAGGCACUGGAAUAUCUUGAAAAGAGACAGAAGAAACGUCCGUCUUUCAAAUAUGAGGUCAUCGUUGUAGAUGAUGGAAGUUCUGAUAAAACGACACAGGUUGCCUUGAACUACUCGAAAAAGUAUGGAAGUGAAAAGGUUCGGGUGCUCACACUAGUAAAGAAUCGUGGCAAAGGUGGAGCUGUGCGGAUGGGAAUUCUGGUGUCACGAGGCAGGACUGUGUUAAUGGCCGAUGCUGAUGGUGCCACCAAAUUUGAAGACCUACAAAGUGUUGAAAAUGGGCUUGAGAGUCUAAAACCCUGGCCAGAAAACUUGGCAAUAUCGUGCGGGUCACGAGCGCACCUAGAGAAGGAUUCUAUAGCCCAGCGUUCUAUGUUCAGGACCUUCCUUAUGUAUGGCUUCCAUUUCCUCGUUUGGUUUUUAUGUGUACGCGGUGUCAAAGACACACAGUGUGGCUUCAAAUUGUUUACAAGAGAAGCUGCUGCACGCACAUUUACAGCUCUUCAUGUUGAUCGAUGGGCGUUUGAUGUGGAGCUCCUAUAUAUAGCCCAGUGCCUGAAGAUCCCCAUUGCAGAAGUUGCAGUGAACUGGACGGAAAUUGAAGGAUCAAAGCUGGUGCCUUUCUGGAGUUGGCUGCAGAUGGGUCAAGACCUCCUUUUUAUAAGACUACGCUAUCUAACUGGUGUCUGGAGGAUAGACACUACUGGCAAAUUAAAUUAGCUAGUUUUAUCAUGGUACACUUGGAAACAUAGAAGCCACCAGGUGUGAAGCAUCAUGGGUAACUUUGACCCACGCGUUCCUGCAGUAAAGUGCUGGCGUCUUUCCUGAAGAAAUAUAUUUAAUGGUAUAUUGCAGGGAUAUGCAAUUAUCGGACCUCCAGCUGUUGCUGAACUACAAGUCCCAUGAGGCCUAGCAGGACUCUUGAC